CAGACAGUCAUGUCAUGCUUUAAGGUCUACCAUGGGCAGUUCUUCAUCUAAAGCGGCCCGUAAGCUACCCAAGGAAAAACCAUCAUGGGCAGGUUCUCGUACACCCUUGAAACCAGACGGGGCUCAAGAAAUACGACGUCCAAAACCACUGGCGUUUGAAAAUAAGACUGAUGCGGUCGAGGCCGAUGCAAAAGACCCGCAGUUCAUGUUCAAGCUAAAUCAGCUAGGCCCUGUGCGCGUCGACCAUCACAUGCGGUCCGUCCGACCAGACUAUGCUCAGCAAAUGCAUCGUUCUCGCCUUCAGUCUGAAAUGGAGGCUUCUCCGUCACAUUCCACUCGAAAUCGCUUACUGGCCUCAUCGUUGAGCGAAUUAUUGGAGUCCCGGAAAACAGUCAAAUCUCAAGCAGAACUUCAGGCCUUAGCAGAGCAGUAUCAUAUCGACGUUACCAAGCUGGACGAGCUCGCGAAGUUUGUCAACACGCCCUCCAUUGACGAAAGCACCAUAGUAAAGAGCACGAACCAGGAAGGGGAGGAAACUCUGACAAUGAUGGCUCGCUGGGUCGACCCAAAACUUGAAACGUGAUGGAGGUUGAUAAUCUUUUGAUUAUUCUUAGUCGUGCCACACUUUCUCUGAUAAUACAAGUCCCGUAGUAUUUACUUACAAAAUAGAGAUGUUAAAAUGACAGAAAAAAUUACAAUACAAAU